AUGUCCGAAAAUAUGGACGCCAACGACGCCUGGCUUCGCGACACAGACGAUGCAAUCGACUGGCUUUGUCGUGAACUAAGCGACUGGCUGGCCGAAUUCCAGCAUCGACCUGAGGUGUUGGUGACAUUGGCCGUCGCCAUGGAUGGUCCACAAGAGUCUUCCGACCAAGAUACACCGUUCAAGCACUUUGCAGAAGCCUUAGCAAAGUUCCUCAAAAAAGGAUAUCGAGAUCCGCGAUUCAUCUUCUCGGUCCUGCUACAUUUGCAAGGGCGUCGUCUACGAAGCAAACGGGCUGGGAUGUGGACCACGGCAAGAUCACCGCGACCAACCUACACUUUCGAAUCUUCCCGACCACCUACUCCUACCUACAGUCCUUGUCAAGUCGAGGAUAUAAACCAAUGGCAGCAGCGUUGCGAGGAGGGACAAGCUCCUGGAUAUACUCAGGAAGACGGUUCGAUAUCUCACACAGAAGUUUCAUUCAGUAUCCCGGAACACAUUCUGCGGAUGCGAGAGGAGGAGAAGAGACUCCAAGAAGAAGAGAAACAUAAACGGGAGCAGAAGAUACUCCGGGAACAGGCGGAGUUCCGGGAACAAGAGAAACUCCGGGAACCGGAGAGAUUGCAGGAACUGGCCAGGCUUGAGGAGAGGCUCAAGAGACUUGAGAGCCAGGAAAGAUCGGUUCUACCAGCCGAUGAACCAGUGUUGGCUACUGCAGAACAUGCCCUAGAAAGACCUGCGCGGCCUCGCCGACGGCAGCAGCCACGGCAAUCUGGGACCUGCCCAGCCGAUCACAGCUCUAAGAUGAACGGGCUUCGGCCCACACAUUCGUCGAAAGUGACCAAGACCAAGGCACCACACCAGGUGAAACGUGCACGUCGUCAACGGGCUGGGCAGACAACCCACCCACCACGUCAACCAGCUUGUGACGCUGGUGUCGGCAGUCGCCAAUGA